AAAGAGGGGCGGAGCGACGUAAGGACCACGAACCGGAGAUCCUUUGAAAACAUUGAGGUUGUGGACAAAACAGUUAAAACAAGACCUUGAUCGACGAUUGACUGGUUUUAAAAAUACCUUACACCGAAGAAUAAGGGAUCAGUCAUCAGGAUGAAUGGAGAUUCAGGUGCAGGGGUGGUGACGGCCCCCCCGCCCACCAACCCUCCACACAAGGAGCGCUACUUUGACCGCGUCGAUGAGAGCAAUCCCGAGUACCAGCGAGAGAGGAACAUGGCACCCGAUCUACGCCAAGACUUCAACAUGAUGGAGCAGAGGAAGAGGGUCUCUAUGAUCCUACAGAGUCCGGCCUUCUGUGAUGAGCUGGAGUCCAUGAUCCAGGACCAGCUAAAGAAAGGGAAGACGCCCACCAGCCUGCUGGCACUGCAGCAGAUCGCUGACUUCAUGACCACUAGCGUGCCCACCAUGUACCCAGCAGCACCUCAGGGUGGCAUGGCUGCCCUCAACAUGAGUCUGGGAAUGGUGACUCCAGUGAAUGACCUGCGAGGCUCUGACUCCAUUGCCUAUGAGAAGGGGGAGAAGCUCCUGCGCUGUAAGCUGGCCGCUUUCUACCGGCUGGCUGACUUGUUUGGCUGGUCUCAGCUCAUCUAUAACCACCUGACUGUCCGUCUGAACUCGGAGCAGGAGCGGUUUCUGAUUGUCCCAUUUGGGCUUCUGUACAGUGAGGUGUCAGCCUCUAGUCUGGUCAAGAUCAACUUGCAAGGGGAGAUUGUGGAUAGAGGCAGCACUAACCUUGGUGUCAACCAGGCUGGGUUCAUGCUUCAUUCUGCCAUCUAUGCUGCGCGCCCCGAUGUCAAGUGCAUCGUGCACAUUCACACGCCUGCUGGAGCCGCUGUAUCCGCCAUGAAGUGUGGCCUGCUGCCUAUAUCUCCAGAGGCUUUGGCACUGGGGGAGGUAACCUACCAUGACUACCAUGGGAUCUUGGUGGAUGAAGAGGAAAACGUCCUCAUUCAGAAGAACUUGGGUCCCACAAGCAAGGUGCUGAUCCUAAGAAACCAUGGGCUGGUGUCUGUUGGUGAAACUGUUGAAGAAGCCUUUUACUACAUUCAUAACCUUGUAACAGCAUGUGAAAUUCAGGUGCGUACUCUGGCUAGUGCAGGAGGACCUGAUAACCUGGUGAUGUUGGAUCCAGAGAAGUACAAGGCCCGACCCCGGCACCUGGAGCCAGCCUCAGACCCGGCCAGCAACCACCCCAAGUGGCUGGUCGGAGAGCAGGAGUUUGAGGCACUGAUGAGGAUGCUGGAUAAUCUGGGCUACCGGACAGGUUACCCGUACCGCUGCCCUUCACUGCGCGACAAAGCUAAAAAGUACAGUGACGUAGAGAUCCCCCCCUCAGCCACGGGGUACUCGUACGCCGAGGACAGUGACUCGGGCGCGCGCUCUCCCCUCAAGCACAGCUUUCAGCGACAGCAGCGUGACAAAAGCCGCUGGCUGAGCUCCGGCCGUCCCGACGAGGCCUGCGAAGACGGGCCGGACGGCGGAAGCCCAAAGGCGAAGACUAAGGUGUGGACGAACAUUUCACACGAUCACGUCAAACCCUUGCUGCAGUCUCUCUCGUCCGGUGUCUGCGUGCCAAGCUGUAUUACCAACUGCUUGUGGACCAAGGAGGAAGGACUUCGACAGGCUGCUGUGGCCAAUCAAUUUGUCCCACUCAACACAAAUCCCAAAGAAGUUCAGGAGAUGCGAAACAAGAUCCGGGAGCAGAAUUUGCAAGACAUAAAGACAGCUGGACCUCAGUCCCAGGUGCUGGCAGGUCCUGUGGUGGACCGCUCCGUUGGCCAGAGGGUGACUAUCUGGCAGGACGCCCCUCUGUCUGACUGUACGGAUUCUAUCGAUGGCCUUGAUCUGUCUGAGCAGGUCUAUAGCCCUGCUAGGUCUAUUAGAAAGGGGGAACUAGUGACUGCCUCCAAAGCCAUUAUUGAGAAGGAGUACCAACCACGAGUCAUCGUCAGCAAGACUGGACCCAACCCAUUCACCAAGCAGACAGACCAGGAGCUGGAGGAGUACCGCAGGGAGGUGGAGCUCAAGCAGAAAGGCGUGGAAGUACAGGUUGAAAGCGGGACCCCCUCCAAGCCCAGGCUUACUGGAGAGAGUAGUUCCAUUCCUUGUCCUGCGGGGGACAGCAUGAGGUUAGCCCUCAGUGAGGGAGGGGCAGAUGAGGAGUGUGAGGAGUCCACCAUCUUGGCUGCCCCGCCCUGCUCCUUCGCUCCCAGCCGAGACAGGGAGUCGGGCUCCAACUCUGCCCAGAGGAGCUGCUCCUCCCCAGGAGGGGCCCCAGCAUCCCCCCACUCCCCCCACAAGGACUUUCACUAUGCCGUACUGCGAGCGCUGAGCACCAACACGCACAUGGCGGUUGAGAGUGAGUCUCCAGAUCAGCCACAGGAGCCUGAGGAGGGGGAGGGGGAGGUGAGGGAGCAGAGCCCCACUGUCACCCCUCCCAGUACCCCAGUCCGACCAGAAGAAGAUUCCCAGCGCGAUCAGACCUUUAAGGAUGAGAGUGACGCAGCCACACUGAGACAGACCCUCCCCGACCUGACCCCAGAUGACCCCUUCGAGACCCCCGCACUUCCCGCUGAAGACUCUGGCCCAACCCAGGCAGACCUUACACAACAAACGGAAGGGGAUGAAGCAGGCGGUCCUGAUGAUGCUGCAGACCAAGGCAGCGAUGAGUCGCCCAGCAAAUCCCCCUCCAAGAAAAAGAAGAAGUUUCGAACACCAUCCUUCCUGAAGAAAAACAAAAAGAAGACCGAGACCUAGAUGUCUGAUUUGGGGAAAAGGCCUCUUUCCUCUGUUUUAGUUUUAAUCUUUUAUAUAUGUUCACCUUUUUUGUGUUCACCUACAGUGCAGUGUGUGCCAAUUUUUUUUUUUUUUAGAACAGUGGCUCAGAAUUUCUUUAGUUUUGUUAGCGGCUUUUAUUGAUGAAUGACUGCAUCAUGUCUGGUCCAGUAUGAUUGUGUGGCUUUUGUCGCAUGUUUGUUUUGGCCCACGUGUAAAGUGAGCUGUUGAUUUCAUAUUUUUAAGAAAAGAUGGCUAUACCCAGAUAAUCGCUCGAAUGUAUUGGGAUUGUAUAAAAAAAUGUACUCCAGUGUCUUUUUAAAAAAAAAUGAAUGCAAAAAUGAGCUUUUAAUCAUGUUACGUAUGGUAUAAAAUAACAAUUAUGGAUUUACAAAAUGCACGGUGCUGAUUUCUGAUGUAUAUUACAUACAGUCCUGUCAUUCCUUGGAGAUGGCCAUUUGCAUUGUCUGAUGAGGCUAAAUAUAAUCAUAUUGACCUCAACUAUAUAUUAUGGGAAAUUGACAGAUGAAUGCUAGAAGUCAUGAGCAAAUGUAUUGGGCUUUGACAGGUGCUCACCCCAGAUCCACCUAAAUGGAAACCAUGAAAAUGCAGUCUUCACUGUACCUUUACUAGCCUGAAGUUGAGGAUAGGCCUAGUUUGAAGUAAUGUUUUACUCACAUAUGUUUUAAUUAUUGAGAAAACUAUAUGCAGUUUUGUUCUAUGUUUUUUUGUAUUAUUAUUUGUUACUUUACUCCUGUAUUACCUGAAUGAAACCAUCAGGCCCCUAAUCAUCACAAGCCGUGUUCGAUAUUAGGCUUUUUUAUUAGGUCCUCGAGACGCCAAAUAACGGAACCAAAAGAAUCUUCCACUUGAGAAAUUCAUAUAAUAGGCUAGGCUACUUUCAAAUGGCCUUUUUAAAUUUGUGACUACUCUUUACAUUCAAUACAUUCAUAUACAUCUCAUACAUAUACACACAUACAUCACUGUAGGAAGUAUAUUCCCUGUAAAAAGUCUGUAAAUGUAGUCGUGCCUCAAGAAACAAGUGAGGAUCAGACGGAGGAAUUGAGGAGCAUAUGCCCUUAGUCCCCCCAUCCUUCCCUCCUCUGUUCUGCUCCAGAGAAACAAAUGAGCUGGGAAUUAGUCUGACUGGAGAACAAGGAUAUUAAGACAUACCAUACCCAUAAAACUCUUAAGUCUUAAGAGUUUGUGCUUUUCAGAAGAAUAAGCAUCUGAGCCAUUCUUAACUUGCAUUAUGUGUGUGAAAACCACUGUGAGAAUCCUCAGAAAACCACUGCCUGACACUUAUCAGAGAUCUGUUGCUUCCCUCUUAACAGACAGAAGUGUUUGUGUAGUAACGCCACUCUGUUCAGGGCGAAACAAAGAGGAUUAGGACGCCACGGUAACUGUGAGUAGGGUACUUGAUGGGAACUGGAUUUUUGUCUUGUAGGUUGGCUGAGAGACUGGACCAGUUAUUACCACACUAAUAAGGCUUGGUUAGACCACUAUUAAAUCAGUAUGUAUUUUGUGCAAACUGACAACAUCGAUGUUUCUAAAAGGACUGCAUGGCAUUAAAAGCUAAGCUUGUAUUCUUUAUCUUCUGUACCUUUAAAGCUGUAUCCCUGUUUCUUCCAUAAUGUGCUCAACUGGUAUUUUACAUAUAGCCUGUAGCCUAAUAACAUGACUAAGUCAGAUUUUGCGUUUAGAAUUAAUUAUGUUGUUUUAUUAUAAACAUGCAGCUAUGUUGAACCUUUUGUGUUCUGAUUCCUUUCUGUGAACAUCUGCAUUUCCAUGGAACUGUUUCAUUUGUAUCCAUGAUUAAAACUCUCCUUCCAAUCCCAAA